GCCUCCCUCCCUCCCUCCGCCCGCCCGGCGCUCGCAGAGCCGACACCAGGGGGGCUCUCGAUGUAGCACCAUGACAGGCAUCGCCGCCGCCUCCUUCUUCUCCAAUACCUGCCGGUUCGGGGGCUGCGGACUCCACUUCCCCACCCUGGCCGACCUCAUCGAGCACAUCGAGGACAACCACAUCGAUACAGAUCCACGUGUUUUAGAAAAACAAGAACUACAGCAGCCAACCUAUGUUGCCCUCAGUUACAUUAAUAGAUUCAUGACGGAUGCUGCCCGCCGAGAGCAGGAGUCCCUAAAGAAGAAGAUUCAGCCGAAGCUCUCGCUGACCCUGUCCAGCUCAGUGUCUCGAGGGAAUGUGUCCACUCCACCACGCCACAGCAGUGGAAGCCUUACUCCCCCUGUGACCCCACCCAUCACCCCCUCCUCUUCAUUCCGCAGCAGCACUCCAACAGGCAGUGAGUAUGACGAGGAGGAGGUGGACUACGAGGAGUCGGACAGCGAUGAGUCCUGGACCACAGAGAGCGCCAUCAGCUCUGAAGCCAUCCUCAGCUCCAUGUGCAUGAACGGGGGGGAAGAGAAGCCUUUUGCCUGCCCCGUCCCUGGAUGUAAAAAGAGAUACAAGAAUGUGAAUGGCAUAAAGUACCAUGCUAAGAAUGGUCACAGAACACAGAUUCGUGUCCGCAAACCAUUCAAAUGUCGGUGUGGGAAGAGUUACAAGACAGCUCAGGGCCUGCGGCACCACACAAUCAACUUCCAUCCCCCAGUGUCGGCUGAGAUUAUCAGGAAGAUGCAGCAAUAACAUGCUGGUCAUAACUGUGCCAAGAAACCCUCACCAGCAGUUGCUGAUUUUGAAAACAGCCACCUUUUUUUCAGGGGAAGCAUUCAGCAACCCUUUAAAGAAAAAAUUAAAUGCAUGCUUUAAAUUUUUUCUGUAAUUUUGGAAUGAUGUAUCUUUGUAGAGUUAAUGAUUUUGUACAUUUGCACAUGUAAUCAUCAUACCCAUUUUCAUUACUUUGAUAUAAGGUGCUAAACAAAGCUCUAGGUCCUUCAGCACAUUUCCCCCAAAACAAAAUAAAAUUGAAGGCAUGUUGCGUAUCGUUUAGUCGUACUGCAGUGAUAGCAAGUGGGGGGAGGAGGGGUUGGCACUGAGUUUUUUUCAAGAUUGUAAUGUGAUUGAAGUUUUUCAACACAUCAACUCACAUAUGUUCGAAACCAAAAUAAUACCUUCAUUAUCAAACUGGUUACC